CGUUAAAACCUUUCUUCAUUUCAUUGAUUAUAGAUACAACAAUGAUCGAAUUACGAGUUUUUCUUUCUGAUUGAUGUGAUUCGAAGUUCCGAUUUAACCGCUCAUGGUUAGGUAAUGAAGAAUAUACCUGAUAGGACCGAAACAAAUUUAACCGAUUCUCCCGAUACAAUUCGCGGUUCCAUCUGUUCUGAACCGGGGCCAAGCAACCGCAAAUCACCAAAGUCUUCAUUGUGGUCCGGCUUCUUGGUAUCCGCCUUUUCAGUUUUCGAUAUCCACAGUGAGUCUAAAAUCUCGCAUAAGAAGAAUCAAGAAACUAGUACUGGAAACCAUGGUUGGACCGCUGCUGUGAAGAGAGUCAUGAACGGUGGUUCAAUGAGGAGAAUCCAGGAGCGCGUUUUGGGGUACAAGACUAACGUUUCUAACUCCGUAAGUGAUAUAUGGCUUCUAGGGGUUUGCUAUAAAAUUUGUUUGGAAGAUCCGUCGCAAGAACCGGUUCAUAGCACUGGAUAUGCUGCGUUUUCUGAAGAUUUUUCUUCAAGAAUUUUGAUGACAUACCGUAAAGGUUUUGUAUCUAUUGGUGAUUCGAAGUAUACCAGCGAUGUAAAUUGGGGUUGCAUGCUUCGAAGCAGUCAGAUGCUAGUUGCUCAGGCGUUGCUAGUUCAUAGGCUAGGCAGACCUUGGAGAAAACCUACGCCCCCGCCAUUUGAUCGGGAUUAUAUCGAAAUACUACACAUGUUUGGUGAUUCCGAGGAUUCACUUUUCUCCAUUCACAAUCUUCUCAAAGCUGGAGAGAGUUAUGCACUUGCUCCGGGAUCAUGGGUGGGCCCAUACGCCAUGUGUCGCACCUGGGAGACACUUGCACGCUCUAAGAUUGAGAAAAAUGAACCGGAAGAUAAGUUAUUUCCAAUGGCCGUUUAUAUUGUUUCGGGAGAUGAAGAUGGGGAACGUGGUGGUGCACCGGUUCUUUGCAUAGAAGAUGCCUCGAGAAUUUGUUCAGAAUUUUCUAGAAACCAAGUUGACUGGUCACCUCUCCUCUUGCUGGUUCCGUUGGUUCUAGGUCUUGAUAAAGUAAACCCUAGAUAUCUACCUUUUCUGGCUGCCACAUUCACGUUUCCCCAGAGCCUUGGCAUCUUGGGUGGUAGGCCUGGUGCUUCAACGUAUCUUGUCGGUGUGCAAGAUGAUAAAGUUUUUUAUCUCGAUCCCCAUGAAGUUCAACAGACAGUUAACAUCAGCAAGGAUAAUCUAGUGGCUGACACUUCAUCAUAUCACUGCAAUGUUAUACGGCAAAUUCCUCUCGAAUCCAUUGACCCGUCUCUGGCCAUAGGGUUUUAUUGCCGAGACAAAGAUGAUUUUGAUGACUUUUGUUCACGGGCAUCCGAGCUAGCCACAGAAUCGAAUGGUGCUCCGUUAUUCACAAUAACUGAGGCCCGUCAUUCACCAAAAGCAAGCGGCACCAGCAGGACCCAUGAGGUUGAUUCCUUUGAUGCAGCCGAUGAUGAUGAAGACUCUGCAAAAGAUGAUUGGCAGCUUCUUUGAUUUACUUGUGUGAUAUUCAGGGUUGCAGAAAAUGUGCAUAAUGAAGUUAGACUUUGGUGUUUGUAUGAUUGUAAGCCUAAAAGGAGCUAGGAUUUGGUUGUGUUUAUUAGAAGAUAUUUGUUUAUUUGUAGCGUUCAUAUUCUUCAUAAAAUCUUUUAUUUCUUUGGAGCACCCAUGUGCAAGGCUCGAUGUGAUUCAUUCAAGUUUUUUUUAUAUACUA